UCUGGGAACAGAGAAAAGAUGAAAUUUGACUAAUUUGUUCAGGAAAAAAUAAUCUUUUAAUCAGAGAUGCUCUUUAUUGCAGUUCCCAGGCCUCCGCAAGCUUUUGACAUGCCCUUUGGUGCUUGUUCCCUUUACGACAAAGCAGUGUGGGUUUGCUUCCUCACUUAACACGACGAGCCUUUUGAAAUCCUCCUUGUUCAGUGUCACUGAACUGCAGAAGAUGUGUUUUUCCAUUGCACCGUGCAGUGCACGUCUCUCUAGCAGACAUCUCCGGGAGAGCAUUUCGACACCGCUAAUCACAGCAGUGCAGCUCCGGAGCGUGUGGAGAGACAACCAGAGGGGAGCUGAGCCCGAGUCGCUUCAGCCAAACACACUUCUAGUUUGCAGCCAGGCUUCCCUCAUUAUUUUCAGCUAUCAACAAGAAGAUACCCUCUUUUUUUUUUUUUUUUUUUUUUUUUUUUUUUUUUUUUUUUUUUUUCAACACUGACUCGUGCCUGGGCAGAAAUCCCUGCUGAAAUUCCGAGCUGUUAAUCAAACCCCUCAAGGUUUCCUGCUGUGAUGCUCUGCGGCGCUGACUACCACAGACAGCUCAAUGACACCCGGAAAGAAGUUGCAGGGUCUCGUAGCUGCCACGGUCACUCCAAUGACUCCCGAUGGACAAAUUAACCUUUCGGUGAUUCAUAAAUAUGUGGAUUAUCUGGUAAAUGAGCAAAAUGUGAAGAAUGUCUUUGUGAACGGCACAACAGGAGAAGGACUGUCCCUUAACAGCCAGGAGAGGAAGCAGUUGGCAGAAGAAUGGGUGUGCCAAGGAAAAGACAAAUUGGAUCAUGUGAUCAUUCAUGUGGGAGCACUGAGUCUGCCCGAGUCCCAAGAGCUGGCAAGACACGCAGCAGCCAUAGGUGCUAGUGGUAUUGCUGUAAUAGCCCCCUUCUUCUUCAAACCCACAAACAAAGAUGAGCUGAUUGCUUUCUUACAGAAGGUUGCAUCUGAAGCCCCUGCGGUUCCAUUUUAUUAUUAUCACAUUCCUCCUCUGACGGGUGUGAAGAUUCGUGUUGAAGAGUUGCUGGAUGGAAUAAAAGAGCUGAUCCCCACCUUCCAGGGUGUGAAGUUCAGUGACACAGACCUCUUGGACUUUGCACAGUGUAUAAACAAGAAUGAGAGAGAACAGUUCGCAUUUCUUUACGGGGUGGAUGAGCAUCUAUUGAGUGCACUGGCAAUAGGGGCAAGUGGAGCAGUUGGAAGUACGUAUAACUAUUUGGGCCGAAAAACCAAUCUGAUGUUGCAAGCCUUUGCAAAGCCAGACCUUGUGUUAGCACGGAAGUAUCAGUUUCUCACGGGGGAAUUUCUUAACUUUGUCAUCAAACUAGGUUUUGGUGUUGCACAGACUAAAGCUGUCAUGACUUUUGUUUCUGGCAUUCCCAUGGGACCUCCGCGGCUUCCACUCAUUGAUGCCUCUGAGGAGUUCAUCGUCAAGGCCAAAGCCAAGCUGGAUAGCAUUGUGUGGCCUGAUGGCAACUGAUGUUCAUUUCCAUGUUGAUCUGGAAGUGGAGGCUCCUUUUCUGGGAUUCACUGUCAUGUGGCACGUUCCCCACAUGAUGGGCUGCAAUUUCUUUCAGGGAAUAGACAAUAUGCCUGAGCCCCUUCCUCUUAGGGCUGGUUUCUUUGGUGCACAAGUAGCUACCUUUUUGUGUAACUUUACUCUCCUCGCCCGGAACUUUGCACAUUCCAGAACUAGCUGGUAUCUUUUAAUAAAAAAGGCAGAUUUUUCCCAGAUGGAGGAUACUGACUUAUCUAGAGAGGAGGAAGGUCUGUCUCCACCAGCUCUCUAGCCAGAUCAUGUUUUGUCCUCUCCCUUUGUAAGUUAUCUCCAGCACUUUUUUAACACUGGCAUGACACUGUUUGCUCAGAUGGGUAUUUUACUGUUUGUUGCAAAGUCAUUGGGACACUGAAUGUGCAUAUAAAAUCCUGGGUUUGUCUGAUCUCAUUGUCUUUGUACGCUUUCACUUAAUGCAAAAUUAAUUAAAACAACCUUUUGCAGCAGAAA